AUGACGGAAAAAACUGGAUUAUUGCCGCAUUAUAGACUUUCGAAACUGUUUCUGAUGUUUCCUCAGAGGACGUUGUGGAUAACUGUAACGUUGUUGGUUGUGAGCUUAAAGACUUUAGGAUUUAAUAUAGAUUUAAAAAAUGCUGUGGUUCAUCAAGGACCAAAUGGAUCUAUGUUUGGAUUCUCAAUAGCGCAACAUAGAGACAAAGACUUUAGUUGGCUUUUAGUUGGGGCACCAACCGCUCAGACAGAUCAAAAAAAUGUGGUGGAAGGUGGAGCGGUGUACAGAUGCAGUAUUGAUAGUCCUAAUAUGUGCCAGAUGAUUCCAUUUGAUGCGUCAGGUCCUGGAGUUAUAGUUAUAAGAGGUCAAAGGGAAAACAUGGAUCAAAAGUCAUAUCAAUGGUUUGGAGCAACUGUUCACAGUUCUGGAGAAAAUGGAGCCAUCGUGGCUUGUGCUCCGAGGUAUGUUUAUUACUCCAGCAAUUUGAAGAGGCGAGAGCCCGUAGGAACUUGCUGGGUCGUAAGGGGAUCCUUCCAGAAUUUCCAGGAAUACUCACCAUGCAGAACGAAUGCUUGGGGCUAUCAUAGACAGGGGUUUUGCCAAGCUGGAUUUUCCGCAGCUGUAACAAAAGACGGACGACAUUUAUUUAUGGGUGCUGUUGGAAGCUGGUAUUGGCAAGGGCAACUAUUUUCCCAAGAUUUACUGUCGAAAAAUACCUUUUACAAUACAUCUGAGGGUCCCGAAGCAGAUGAUGACAUCUAUUUGGGUUACUCCAUGGCUAUUGGUGAGUUUACUGGUGACAAGCAACCCGAUGUUGUUGUUGGUGUUCCCCGUGGAAAUAAACUAACAGGAAAACUUGCUUUAUUUAAUUUAACGUUACACAACCUGCACAACAUUUCUGGAGAUCAGCUUGGAUCUUACUACGGUUAUUCAGUAUGCGUAGCAGACAUCAAUGGCGAUGGGUUAGAUGAUAUCGUCGCCGGAGCACCCCUUUAUACAAAUCUGAAGGCCAAGGAUGGAAGUUAUGAAAAAGGACGCAUAUAUGUGGCAUAUCAAACACGAAAACACAAUUUUCGCACGAGAAGUCAUAUUGAUGGAAAAUUUUCACGAGGACGUUUUGGAUUAUCAUUAGCAUCUCUGGGUGACAUCAACAAAGAUGGAUACGGAGAUAUCGCCGUGGGAUGCCCAUAUGGUGGGGAAGACGGAAAAGGUGUCGUGUAUAUUUUUCAUGGAGGGACACCAGGCAUUGUAACAAGUCCAACUCAGGUGAUUUUUUCUUCAGACAUUCCAAACUUAAGUCCUGCAUCAACAUUUGGAUUCUCAUUGGCUGCUGGAUUGGAUCUGGAUAACAAUCAAUAUCCUGAUUUAUUAAUUGGGGCUUAUGAUGUGGACAAAGUAAUAUUCCUUAGAUCACGCCCAGUCGUUCAGGCUACUGCUAGUUUAAAGAUUAAUCCUGAAAAAAUCAAUUUGGACGACAAAAGCACCGCUAAUUGCCGUCUUCAUGACUCAACUAUUGUAUCUUGCGUUGUCAUCUCUUAUUGUCUGGAAUAUACGGGAAUUGGUAUUUCUCCUUCAUUAGAAUUUAUACACAGAAUGAGAUUGGAUACCGAAGUUCAAGCACCGAGAGUGUUUUUUCUCACGGAUGAAAACCGCAACGAACAAAAUAUCUCAGUUUAUCUUCGUAAAGAAUCAAAGUAUUGUAAGAGCAUUUACGUCUAUUUACAGAACAAUGUACGGGACAAAUUGUCUCCAAUAUCAGUAGAAGUGAGUUAUCGCUUAAGUGAUCCACAUCCUAUGGACUUAUACUUAGAGCCCAUUUUAGAUCAGAACAAAGCAAACAAUUUGACGAAACAGAUAAACAUUCAGAAAAAUUGUGGAAAAGAUAACAUUUGUAUUCCUGACAUUCAACUGCAAGUCAUUCCAAACAUGCAGCAGUUCCUUAUAGGAAGCCCGAAACGUCUCGAACUUCAAGUAGUGCUAAUGAAUGAGGGCGAAGAUGCUUUUGAAUCAAUGCUGUAUGUCAGUUUGCCUAUUGACGUUGAUUAUGUUAACAUUGGAAAAGUAAAAGCAAGCGAUAUUGCUCUUAGUUGCACUGGAAGCGAAACUGUGAGUGAAUAUUAUAAGAGAUUAAUAUGCGAUGUUGGAAAUCCGCUGCCUGCUAAUACGACGGUUACUUUCAAAAUAUUACUUGCCCCUUCAAAGUCGUUAUCUGCAACCCGUGAUUUACAAUUUGAAUUUGAAGUGAACAGCACAAACGAUGAAUUGGACGAAACAAAGUUGGACAAUCGCGCAUUAAUUGAACUCCCAGUGCGAGUUGAAGUUAAUGUAACCAUCCAUGGAAUAUCUGAGCCUCAAAUCAUAACAUACAACAGGAGUGAAAUUCUUCCUACAGAAAAAGUCAGCGAAAGUGAAGCUGGGCCGGAAGUUAUACAUGUAUAUGCUGUUGGAAAUCGGGGACCCAGCAUGGUACGGGAAGCGGAGGUAGAUAUUCUGUGGCCUACCUUCACUCUGCAAGGACAGCCACUGCUUUAUCUCAUGGAUCAGCCGGAAAUCCAGGGGAAAGGGAAAUGCGAAGAAGUGUCGAGCGUCAAUCCUCUGCUUCUAAAAAAAGAGCAAAAGAAGCCGCGCAGUAGUGGCUAUUCCUUCAAUAUCGAAUCCCUUCGAAAUUCACUAAUUUCAGAAAAUUUUGAAGAUAAUGACGACGAUAAGGAAUCUACGUUUUUAAGGAGACGAAGACACAGCAUCCCUGAAAAUGUCACAGAGUUAAGUCAAGCUUUCAACGAAGAAAUGUCUUGUGGUCCAACUUUAUGCACAAAGAUAUCUUGCUCCGUAUUCAAUCUGACGAGAGAAGAACAAGUCAUUUUUACUAUUCGAUCAAGACUCUGGAAAAACACAUUAGACGAGAUGGGACUAGAUGAUGUGCAGAUAUCUUCAAAACUCGUCAGCCGUGUUACAUCGCUACCACAUGACGUUGAUCCAACAUUUUUAGGGUUUAAAUCAUUUUUCGUAACUACAAAAGUCAAUCCUGAAACAGUAACAUUGCAGCUCCAUAUGAUUCCUUGGUGGAUUUUGAUCUUAUCUGUUUCGGUUGGUUUGCUACUUCUUGGACUUUUGGCUUUAGUCUUAUGGCAGCUUGGAUUUUUCCGGCGCAGAAGAGUGCAGGACACUAUGGAAGAACCAUUGCAUUAUCCUUAUGGAAAUGGUUAUCACAUAGCAAAAGAAGACGCAUAUUUAUGA